AUGUCCGUGAUAAUUGUCAUAAUCAGACAAGAACUCAACAGUAGAUUCAUUAAACCCACGAGACAGUUGCAUAACCUCUUCCUUUGGUUCUAUUUCAGAGAGCCUAUUCACAAAAGCAGAGACAAACCAUCAGUUUCCGACACUGCCCAUAAUUCCCGUAGUACUGUAGAAUUGUAGAGCAAUGGCUGAACUUUGUCAUGAGUUCAUGGAUGCUUGGGUGAGUAUCCUGGGGUUCACUUAAUUCCAUUUUAUAAAUUGAACA